ACACGUAAGCCACAACACGGAAUCGAAACCCGGACGUGACUGCAAGUAGCAAACCGGAAUUGAUAAACCGAUGAUACGUCCGGAAUUAUGGUAGCUUCCUCUUCUGGUUAGUUUGGUCAAACAUUACAACCAGUGUGUGUUUGUAUGUGUAUGGACCCAAUGCACGAAGAGAAAAAAAGAGAAAUUUGACUCGCCGAAAGGUCUACGAAACCCUAGUUUUCUACAUCCUUAGAUCGAUUGUUAAUUGGAGAGGUGCAUGGUCCGUGUUGAUUGAAACCUUUUGCCCCCUUUUUUUGUGUAAUUGAGGUGUGCUGCAGAGUGACUGAAGGAGGGUAAAAAGAUGGAUUUAGUGACGAGUUGCAAGGACAAAUUAGCAUACUUUCGAAUAAAGGAGCUCAAGGAUGUCCUUACUCAGCUAGGACGUCCAAAGCAAGGAAAGAAGCAGGACCUUGUUGAUCGGAUAUUAGCCAUUCUCUCCGAUGAUCGAGUUCCAGGAACAUGGGACAAGAAAAAUGCCGUUGGAAAGGAGGAAGUAGCAAAGUUGGUAGAUGACACUUACAGAAAAAUGCAGAUAUCUGGGGCAACUGAUUUAGCAUCUAAAUCAGAUAGCAGUAAUGUAAAACUCAAUGUAAAACUCAAAGAGGAAACUGAAGAACCUCACCAAAUGGAUAAAAUUCGCUGCCUUUGUGGAAGCACACUACCAACUGGUCCAAUGAUAAAGUGUGAAGAUCCAAGAUGCAAUGUGUGGCAGCAUAUAGCUUGUGUGGUGAUCCCUGAGAAACCUGUGGAGGGUGUUCUACCAAAUACCCCUGAAAUUUUUUACUGUGAAAUUUGUAGACUUAGUCGGGCAGAUCCCUUCUGGGUGACAGUGGCACAUCCUUCAUAUCCUGUGAAGUUGACCAUUCCCAGUAUUCCUUCAGAUGGCUCAAAUCCUGUUCAGAGCAUAGAGAAAACAUUUCAACUGACGAGAGCAGACAGGGACAUGUUUUCGAAACAAGAAUACGAUGUUCAGGCUUGGUGCAUGCUUCUUAAUGACAAGGUGCCAUUUAGGAUGCAGUGGCCACAGUAUACAGACCUGCAGGUCAAUGGUGUACCAGUACGAGCAAUAAACAGACCUGGCUCACAGCUUCUGGGAGCAAAUGGUCGAGAUGACGGUCCUAUUAUAACACCAUGCACCAGAGACGGCAUUAAUAAGAUUUCAUUAACAGGAUGCGAUGCUCGCAUAUUCUGUUUGGGAGUAAGAAUUGUGAAACGGCGUACUCUUCACCAGGUUCUCAACAUGAUCCCCAAAGAGUCUGAAGGUGAGCGUUUUGAGGAUGCACUUGCUCGCGUUCGUCGUGUUGUUGGUGGCGGGGCUGCCACAGAAAAUGCUGAUAGCGACAGUGAUAUUGAAGUUGUUGCUGAUUUCAUUCCUGUCAAUCUUCGCUGUCCUAUGAGUGGUUUAAGAAUGAAGAUUGCUGGAAGAUUUGAACCCUGUGUCCACAUGGGCUGUUUUGAUCUUGAAGUUUUUGUGGAAAUGAACCAAAGGUCUAGGAAGUGGCAAUGUCCUAUUUGUCUCAAGAAUUAUUCAUUGGAGAAAAUCAUCAUAGACCCUUAUUUCAAUCGAAUUACAUCCAAGAUUAAGAAUUGUGGGGAAGAUGUGAAUGAGAUUGAGGUUAAGCCUGACGGCUCCUGGCGUGCGAAGACAGAAGGUGACCGUAGGGCUCUCGGGGAACUUGGGCUGUGGCACUUGCCUGAUGGUAGUCUCUCUCCGUCUAUGGAAGGAGAAUCUAAACCCAAACCAGAAUUUCCUAAACAGAUUAAGCAGGAAGGUGGCUCUGAUAGCCAUGCUGGGUUGAAACUUGGAAUGAAGAAAAACCAAAAUGGUUGCUGGGAAUUGAAUAAAACUGAUGAUAUAUUGAAACUAUCAUCUGCGAAUAUAUUACAGGAACAAUUUUUAAACGACCAUAAUAUAAUUCCUAUGAGCAGCAGCGCCACUGGCAGUGGUAGAGAUGGUGAAGAUGCUAGUGUCAACCAGGAUGGUGCAGAAAACAUUGAUUUUGCCACAAACCACGGCAUUGAGCUGGAGUCAAUUUCCCUGAAUAUGGAACCAAGCUAUGGAUUUAUUGAGCAGAAUCCACCUGCACCACCUGAGGAAGUAAUUGUCCUCAGCGAUUCAGAAGAAGAAAAUGAGCCUCUAAUUUCUUCUGGAGCGAUUUACAAGAGCAACCACAUGGACAAUGGUGGAACCACUUUUCCUGUUUCCCAGCAUGGAAUUCCUGGUUCUUAUCUGGAAGAUCCUGCUGCCUUUGAUAAUGGUAUUGGUCUUUUCAAUACUCAUGAUGAUGAUUUUGUUGGGAUGCAUAUGUGGUCUUUGCCUUCUGGUAGUCAAGCAGCCCCUGGUUUUCAGUUAUUUGGUUCAGAUGCAGAUGUAACAGAUGCCUUGGUUGAUGUGCAGCACGGUUCUAUCAAUUGUCCAACUUCGGUUAAUGGCAACACAUUGACUGCAGAGAAUGCCAUGGGAUCUGCUGCACUUGUUCCUGAGUCUUCUGUAAAGCAUACUAAUGUAAAUGACGGAUUAGUUGAUAAUCCUUUGGCAUUUAGUGGUAAUGAUCCUUCGCUUCAAAUAUUUCUUCCGACAAGGCCAUCCGAUGCAUCAGCACAGGCUGACAGGAGAGAUCUUCCAGACGUUUCAAAUGGUAUUCGUAGUGAGGAUUGGAUUUCUCUCAGGCUUGGGGGUGGCAGUGCAGGGGGGCAUGGUGAGCCUGCAGCUUCAAAUAUUUUAAGCUCCAGGAAUCAAUUACAAUCCAAGGAUGGUGCCUUGGAUUCAUUGGCGGACACUGCUUCUUUACUUCUUGGUAUGAAUGACAAGAAGUCCGGUAAGACAAGUAGGGAAAGAUCUGAUAGUCCUUUUUCAUUUCCUCGCCAACGGCGUUCUGUAAGACCAAGAUUAUACCUUUCUAUUGAUUCAGACUCUGAGUAAGGUUGUUCGCGACCAUAUUGGAGGACAUUACUCCAUAUAAAGAAGUUAUAAUACUAGAUGCAUCUCGUUUGAAGAGAUUCUCCAGAAGGGUUUGAAAAUUUGUUAUUGCUACCUAGUUGAUCUGUAUUUGAACAACGAAGAAGCUGGCUUCAGUAUCUGCUAUGGCAAAAAGGUAAUUAUCAGAUAGCACUACAGCACUCAGUGUGCUGCCACCUGGAACAUUACUUUUGAUUGGUGAGCAGUUUUAACUCUGUUUUAUUUAUCAGAGUUAGUUUUGCACAAUUCCUUGUGUUUUUCGACUUCAUUAUCAUGGAUCUGCCCUUCCUAAUAGGUUAGAGGGACAUUCUUUUUCUUCUCUUUUCUUGAAGGACCUGCAGAUAUCUUUCUGGUUGAUUGUACAUUUGGAAGUUGUUUUUAUUUUGGGAAAAAAAAAAAAAAAACUAUGUAUUACUUCCUAGAUGUAGUUAGCAGGCUUUAGAAGAGGAAAAACAUUCUGGUUUUACUCUCUAUAAUAUGAGCGAAUUGCCUGUAAAUGUGUCAACUUCACAUUCAGCGACUUACAUAGCAACUUAAGUUAUAUACUAUUUUGGAGUGAUUAUUUAACCAUGCAAUAUUUGUAUUUGAUGA